AUGGAAAUCCCAUCCAGUGAAGCCCACGUUCCCUCCAACCUGAAGACUCUGAACCAGUACAGUAUUGCUGAGAUCAACCACCGCCUCAAGAACUACCUCAAGUUCCUCUUUGUUCGCGAGCCCUUCGAGAGGCUGGUCUCCGCAUACCGCAACAAGUUCACCCUCAAGUACAACUCGUCCUUCCACAAGCGCUUCGGCACCCGCAUCAUCCGGCGCUACCGCAAGAACGCCACACAUGAAGCCCUGCUCAACGGUGCUGAUGUUAAAUUCAAAGAAUUCACUGAGUACCUGGUGGACCCGGCCACGCAGCGCGAUGGCCCACUCAACGAGCACUGGCAGACCGUGUACCAGCUUUGUCACCCAUGUCACAUCCAUUACGACCUGGUGGGCAAGUAUGAGUCACUGGAAGAAGACGCAAACUACUUAUUGCGGCUGGUGGGUGUUGGAGACUCCCUGCGCUUCCCGAGCUACGCCAAGUCCACUCGUACUACCGAUGCCAACGCCCAGUUCUUCAGCAAUAUCAGCACUCAGCAGCAGAUCCAACUCUCCCAGCUUUACAAGUUGGACUUCCUCAUGUUUAAUUACUCCACACCCAGCUACCUCCGGCUGGACUAAUGGAGGACAGGGCUGGGACUCUGAGAAUGUCUGCCUUGUUUAAGGAGUGGCAACAAAAUGAGUGAUGGGCAGAAUUUUUUGGAAGCAAACUUGAUUUUAAAAAACUGUUGUCCUACCUUGCAGGCGUGGGGUCUGAAUUAGACGUAUAAACAGGUGCUGAAAGAAAGAAAGGUAUUG